AUGUCGGAGUUCACCAUUGUGGAUAUUUCAGUUAAACAAGAUGAUGACGUAACAAAUGAAUUGUGGUCAUUUCAUCGACCUUGCAUCAACCCGAUUUGCGCAUUUAAGAAAGGACAUUGCCGAUGA